AUUAGAAGCUCCUGGAGUGACGUAUCUUCUUACACACCAUGCAGCAGCCUCCAAACAAAACAGAGUGACUUCUUCUCUGGAUAUGAUGAACAAAAACAGGAUUGACAGGGAAACAAUGGACAGAAAAUCUGACAGCGUAAUACCUAUUAUACAAGAUGACAGCCCUCGUUCUUUGGGUUUCUGUGGCUGGAUUUUACUCUUCAUCUCUGUCAUUUUCACCAUAGCCUUGUUUCCUGUCACCAUAUUCAUGUGCAUCAAGCUCGUCCAGGAGUAUGAGAGAGCUGUGAUCUAUCGUUUGGGUUGCAUUGUUGACAGGAAACCAAAAGGACCAGGAAUGUUUUUCGUGGUGCCGUGUGUUGAUACUUUUACAAAGGUGGACUUGAGAUCUAAGACAUUUGAGAUUCCACCUCAAGAGAUUCUGACAAAGGACUCGGUGACAGUGUCUGUAGAUGGUGUGGUUUACUUCCGGGUCAGUGACCCCAUCUUGUCUGUAGUUAAUGUGAGAAAUGCUGAUGAGGCAACUCGCCUGCUGGCCCAGACCACACUGAGGAACGUCCUGGGUACUAAAAACCUGUCAGAAGUACUAUCAGACAGAGAGGGCAUCUCCCAUAGCAUGCAGUUUGUCCUAGAUGAGGCCUCACAUCCAUGGGGUAUCAAGGUGGAGCGAGUGGAGAUUAAAGAUGUUAAACUCCCUCUUCAGCUCCAGAGAGCCAUGGCAGCUGAGGCUGAAGCCUCCAGAGAGGCUCGUGCUAAGGUGAUAGCAGCAGAGGGAGAGAUGAAUGCAUCACGGGCCUUAAAGGAGGCCUCUCUGGUCAUGUCUGAUUCACCUUCAGCUCUGCAGCUCCGUUACCUCCAGACACUCAGCACCAUCUCAGCUGAGAAGAACUCCACCAUCAUCUUCCCCAUGCCCAUUGACAUAUUGCAGCACUUUGUGUCCCGUAAAUGAUGUUCAAUUAUAAGUCUUCAGUAACAGGUCGUAUAUGUCAUUUCAUAUUGUUAUAUAUUAUCGAGGGGGGAACUCUGGACUUCAUUUCCCAGCAGCAACUGCACUAUACUACAUCACUAUCACAUGACCACCUGCACCUGUAUCACAUUUUUUGUUUAACGAGCACUCAUAUAUAUAGCCAUUGUUUGUACUGCUUCCUAGUCUUACAUAUUGUCUAUCCAGGCUUUUGUCCAAGCUUCAAUGUUUAGUUUUGCCACUGUAUUUUGCCUCAUGUUAUUGUGUCUUUGUUUUUUGUCUGUUUGUUUAUUAAAUGUUUGAAAUC